AUGUUGAGAUACAUGAAGCAGCAAGCUGAGAUCCAGAAUAUAUCUCCAGCAGGUCAUUGUGGUUACAUCACAUUUGAUGAAAAGUCUGUUCAGGUGAUUUUAUGCAAAAUAUUGGGUGUAGUAAACCUUGGAGAUCUUCAUGAAGAUAUGAAAGUAUUGGAAACAGGUAAAUACAAUUAGCUUCAGCCUGCUUAAUUUAAGUAUGAAUUGAGAGAUAAAAAAAUACUUUUGUCUGGAAGUUUGUUUAUAUGCUGUAUAUGAUCUUUUCAAUAUUGCAGGUAAAGAUGAAGCAGCUAUAGCGACUCACCUUCUCCAGUUCAUGUUUAUUGGUUCUACAGGCUUCAAAUUUCCAAUUUGCUAUUUCCCAACAAUUGAAGUUGAUCCCACCACACUAUACCAUCAGUUAUGGAGUGCGGUCUUCGAUUUGGGAGAAUUUGGGUUCAAGGUUUUGCUUGCCAUUUGGGUUUUUCAACGAAGAAGAUGCAGUUGCACAAGACUUCGCCACAACCAAUAUCUACACUGGGGAACCAUUGAUUUUUAUGGUUGA